AUCCACCCUCAUUGAACUGCUUAAAAGCUGUCCCCCUGAUCCAUUUUAGCGGACAGACUUGAAUCUUGCCCUCCAUAAAGAAAAUGCAGGAAAGCAGGCUGCAGGUGCCAUUAUUUGUAGUUCUCCUGUCCGUUGCUGCCGGUGAUCCAUCCGACUCAAAGUUUUACCGACCAGUUGACUGUGAUGACAUCCAUCAGCAAGACAACACAAGCGCCAGUGGAGUGUACACGAUCUACCCAGGAGGCCCUGUUACACCAUUGCAAGUUUACUGUGACAUGACCACUGACGGAGGGAGAUGGACUAUAUUUCAGAGAAGGAUUGAUGGGAGUGAAAGCUUCUUUAGGUCCUGGAAGGACUACAAGGCUGGCUUUGGGAAUGUAGCUGGAGAAUACUGGCUGGGCUUGGAAAACAUCUUCCUGCUGACUAUGAGGAAGAAGAAUGAGCUGCGGGUCGACAUGGAGGACUGGGAGGGAGGACGAGCCUCCGCUCAGUACGCCUCCUUCACAAUCGACCCUGAGAAUACUGGAUAUCAGCUUGAUCUGGGCGAGUUCACCGGUGGAGCAGCAGGGGACAGUUUGUCAAAUCACAACUCCAUGAAGUUUACCACCUUUGACAAAGACCAGGACAACUGGAAGAGUAACUGUGCACAGUCGUACCUGGGGGGUUUCUGGUACAAUGCCUGCCACAUGACUAAUCCAACUGGCAUGUAUGCCCCUCAUGGUGCCAUGAGCAGUUUUGAAAAUGUCCAUGUGAUUUGGCACGCGUGGAAGGGAUGGAAUUACUCUCUCAAAACUAUUGCCAUGAAGAUUAGGUCAGUGUCCAACUGUUCAUGCUAACAGUACUCUGACGAGAAGUAGAGGAUGUUUAUCAAAAACACCUCGAGUCAGAAUUAGCAGUGCCUACUCACAUCGUCUCACCUGAUUCAGGUUACUUUGAGUAUAUUUGACUGUUCAGUAAUCUUCUUUUCUGUGUCAUAUUUCUAAAAAUUAUGUGUACAAGCUUUCCUUGAGUGUAUUUAUUAUAAUUUAGUGUUUUGAACUCUGUAAUAUGUAAUUCUGGAACAGGGAAAGUGUUUGGUAAAUAUGGGUAAAAACUCUGCAUCAAUGAUCUAAAACACUUAUGAUGGUUAUGAGACAUAGUCAAAGAAAUGUCUUCCAAAACCUCAAAUAUCAAACUGUUGGUGAUGCAAAAAAAAGGAUGGAUGGCUUGGAUUUUAUGAUAGUAUGCAGAGUUUUGUGUUUAAAGCCAUCACGUCCUGCAACACCGUUUGUGACAAUCCCGCUAACAGAUGUUUGAAAUGUGACUGGCAAUAUGCUGGAAGUAUGGAUCUGUUAUAGAUAAUACAUAAACUACAGGUGUGACAUAAGCUCCAUCACUGAAGCAGAAGAUUGAUUUUUGAAACCUUACUUCAGGUUUGUUUGUUUAUUUGUUUGUUUUGUUGUUUUUCAUUUUAAACAUUUUCCCCCAACACAUGGUGUCACUGUCGUGCAACGGAACCUAAUCAAGUUUUACGCUGGAUAUAAGGUAUGUCCAAAUUGCAUUUCUGGCUGUUUGAAAGUUUGUGAAAACUUACAACUUUUACCCUUUUAAAAUAAAGUUGAUUACCUCGUAACAAGACACGAAUUACAUGACACACUGGCUCGUACUAGUAGCUAGAAAAGACAGACAUGAAGCUAAUUACCAGUGUGUCAUAAGUUUUCCACACUCAGAAAUAUCAAAAAUAUAGUUCAAUAUAAAAGCAGGAUUACGAUUUUUAUUUUCUGACAUUUAUAAAGGUGAAAGGGCUCAAUAUUUCAUAACACUGAAUAAACAUAAUCAAAGCCACUCGUGUCUCUGAGACCAACCUGAUUCUCUGUGUUGCUCAAAUAUUUUCAUUACAACUUCACUCUUUUCUUGGAAAGAGUUUAUCAAAUUACUUUCAAUGGUACAGAGGGACCCACUUCUUGCUUGGCAUUAAGUGCAUAGAAAAAAAACAAUGCAGACAACACUUGGCACAGACGUUGUGGUGCAGAGAUACACUAGACUAGAGAUCCCUUCUACAUUCCUCAUUCACCCUCCAGCUGUGCAUUCACAUUGAACCCAUGACGGUGCAAUAUCACCUCCCUGGUGUGUGCUUUCACAAAGCCUGACGAUGUUCUGCACUCUGAAGAUGGUCCCUGCAUCCACAGUCAGCCACCAGUCCCUAUUUCCUCUUGCCAUUGGAUACUCCAGGGAUGUCAGACUCCAUUUCUCCCUGGUCAAAGGACCAGUUUUGCAGCUGCAAGAUAUUUAAAUUAAUCAACUAUAUGUACAUCAGAGAAAUCUGCCUUCAGGCCACUAUUACAUGUCAACUGCAUCAGUGUUUUUGGCAAGAAUUAUUAAAAAAGCCACUU